UAGAAGAGUUCUGUCUCCCUCCAAAAAUUUAAGUGAAUUGGGGGAAGGCCGCCAAAACUGAACUGAAAUACUCUUGUUCCUAUUACACCACUGUCAAAAUCCAGCAGUCACAGGUUUACUGAAAUCAUACAAACUUAGAAGAGUUGAUUCACAGAUACGAGUAGUUCUAGCUGUGUGUGCGCCCAUCCGGUACAUACAAACACAUGCCUGAAAUGGUCCCUGCAGAGGCAUAUCUAGCUGGAGUCGGCGAAGAAAGGAGGUUUCAUGGUCUACCACCAUUAAAGCGUUUCAAGUUGCUCCAAAAGGAAAGUAAAACGCAUGGGGAAAACGCCAAUGUCUUUUGUUUGCCAGCGAAGAAACGCAUUUGGGCUGUCAAGGAUUUUGUGUUCGAGCAGGAGAGGGCCAUGAAAGAGGAGGGGGAAGCUCUUUCCAAGUAUUCUGAUUGUGCCCAAAUUCAGAUCAAGCUUAAAAAGGUAGAGAACAUCACCUCAACUGGCAAGAAAUCCCAAAAGCAAGAGAAUCAACAAGACAAGGACGGGGAACAAAGCGAUUGCAGAAAUGGGAAACAUGAGAAGAUGGAAAAGAAAUGGGACAAUGCAAAGAGGAAACGAUUACAGAAACCUCAACAGAAGGAUUUCGAAGUGCAGAACAAGCUCAAAAAGGUAGCAAAAAGCGCCCCUGUUUGUGAGAAAGUCCAACAACAUUUGAAAGAAGGGUAUGCCGAAGAAGAUGAUGACGAUGGUGUUGUUUGCAGCGUAUGUGGUGGUCAUGACGGGAACCCCACAGAUCCAAUAGUGUUUUGUGAUGGAUGUGAUGUGAUGGUUCAUGCUAGCUGCUAUGGAGAUCCAUUGAUUAAAGCUAUUCCAGAUGGGGACUGGUUUUGUGCAAGGUGUAUGCACUCUACAGCAGCUGGAGGCACAUUGUCAUGCUGCCUUUGCCCUUCUUCAAAAGGGGCCAUGAAAUGCACUACCCAAAAUUCAUGGGCUCACAUUUCCUGCGCCCUCUUGGUCCCGGAGGUGUUCUUCAAGUGCCCUGAAGGAAGAGAAAUGAUCGAUUGUUCAAUGGUGCCUGCAAGGAGGCGGGAGAUGAUUUGUACUUUCUGUAACAAGGCCACAGGUGCUUGCAUCGAAUGCUCUGAGCAUAGAUGCCCUUCUACCUUCCAUGUGUCCUGUGGAUUGGAUAGAGAUCUGCAUAUGGAGUACAAAGAGAGCAAGUCAGGAGGCAUUGUUGUUUCUUUUUGUGACGUUCACACACCUAAGUGGCAGAUGCAACAAGAGAUUGGCAAGUUUAAGAUUGUUCCCAGGCAGCCUGCUGAAUGUGGCAAGAGGAUUAAGGACUCGCAUCCCACUCAUGACCAUAAUUUGUAGCCCCCAUAUUGGUGGAACUAAGACCACUGGCCUCCACGAUGGAUCAUAAGGUUGUGUUCUGGACGACCCCUGAGCUUCAGUAGCUUAAAAUCAAUUCAGUCAAA